AUGUUGGAAAUCAAAACCGCCAAGACACGACGGGGCAAAAAGGAACUCGAGAAACGCGCUCCCAAACUCAUUGAAUCUGGGAAGAAGACCUUGAUUCUUCAUGGAACGAAAACUAGCGCGGUUUUGAAUGCUGUGUUGACGCAGAUUUAUCACCUCAAGAAGGAAAGUGCUGUCAAGUAUAGCCGGAAGAAUGAUAAUAUUAAUCCUUUUGAAGCUGGUGGUGAGACCUCUUUGGAGUUUUUCUCCCUCAAAACUGAUUGCAGUCUCUUUCUGUAUGGAUCUCACUCGAAGAAGCGACCUAAUAAUCUUGUCAUCGGGAGAACAUAUGAUCACCAUGUCUAUGAUUUGGUAGAAGUUGGGAUUGAAAAUUUUAAAGGCAUGGAGUCAUUUACCUACGAUAAAAAAUUAGCUCCAAAGGAAGGGACAAAGCCUUUUAUGGCUUUCAUUGGAGAAGGAUUUGAGACUAUGAUACAACUCAAACACUUGAAGGAAGUUUUAGUCGAUCUUUUUCGCGGAGAGGUCGUGGAGAAUUUAAAUCUUGCCGGAGUGGACCGUGCCUAUAUAUGUACUGCCCUGUCUCCAACUAAGGUGUUCUUCACACACUGUGCACUGCGGUUGAAAAAAUCAGGCACAGUUGUCCCAAGAAUGGAAUUGGUAGAAGUUGGUCCCUCCAUGGAUAUGGUUAUUCGCCGGCAUCGUCCUCCUAAUGAAAGUGUGAGGAAGGAAGCCAUGAGAACUUCAAGGGACAAGCCAAAGAAAAAGGAGAAGAAUGUUAAAAAGGAUCCACUAGAAGGAAAGAUUGGAAAUGUUUAUAUUCCAGAUCAGAAGAUUGGAGAAAUGGCUUUGCCCAAUAAGUCUAAAGGAGUGAAGAGGGAGCGCCGAGAAGCCAAGCGGAAAAGUGGGAGUGAUGAACAUGCGUCCAAAAAGAAGAAGGAAGAUUCAUAA